UCUGUGGGCAACCCUGAUACCUGCUUCCCCCUGCUGUGGAGAGAGAAAAUCACACAGGCCACUAUGCAGCCAGCAAUGAUGAUGUUUUCCAGUAAAUACUGGGCAAGACGGGGGCUUUCUCUGGAUUCAGCUGUGCCCCAGGAAUACCCUUUACAUGGCAACAUAAUGCUAAAUAGAACAAGUUCUGGUAGAAAUGAUGAUAAAAAGGGUAAUAAGGGUGCAGGCAAGAAUGAAUCAACAUCAGAAGGUGGAAAGACUGCUGUGGUAUUUUCUUUGAAAAAUGAAGUUGGUGGCUUGGUAAAAGCUCUCAGACUCUUCCAGGAAAAACAUGUAAGUAUGGUUCACAUUGAAUCGAGGAAAUCAAAGAGAAGGAGUUCAGAGGUAGAAAUAUUUGUGGACUGUGACUGCAGCAAGAAAGAAUUCAAUGAGCUCAUUCAGUCAUUAAAGUAUGAAACCAACAUUGUAACUCUGAAUCCACCAGAAAACAUCUGGACUGAUGAAGAAGAGCUUGAUUGUGUUCCUUGGUUCCCCAGGAAGAUUGCUGAAUUAGACACAUGUUCCCAAAGAGUACUAAUGUAUGGCUCCGAGCUGGAUGCAGAUCAUCCUGGAUUUAAGGACAACGUUUAUCGGCAGAGAAGAAAAUAUUUUGUUGAUGUUGCCAUGAGUUACAAAUAUGGCCAGACAAUCCCCAGAGUUGACUACACACCUGAAGAAAUAAAAACAUGGGGUGUAGUGUUCAGGGAACUCACUAAACUCUACCCUACUCAUGCUUGUCGAGAAUAUUUGAAAAACUUUCCUUUGCUGACCAAGCACUGUGGCUACAGAGAAGACAAUGUCCCUCAACUGGAAGAUGUUGCUGUGUUUCUUAAGGAAAGAUCUGGCUUCACAGUGAGACCAGUUGCUGGAUAUUUGUCACCUCGAGAUUUCUUAGCAGGCCUUGCCUAUAGAGUGUUUCACUGCACCCAGUAUAUUCGCCAUGGCUCCGAUCCCCUCUACACUCCAGAACCGGAUACGUGCCAUGAACUCCUGGGACAUGUGCCUCUGCUGGCUGACCCAAAAUUUGCCCAGUUUUCCCAAGAGAUUGGCUUGGCCUCCCUGGGAGCAUCUGAUGAGGAUGUCCAGAAACUUGCCACUUGCUAUUUUUUCACCAUUGAAUUUGGCCUUUGUAAGCAAGAUGGGCAACUGCGAGCUUAUGGGGCUGGCCUUCUGUCUUCCAUUGGAGAACUAAAGCAUGCUCUGUCUGAUAAAGCCAAUGUGAAAACGUUUGAUCCAAAGACAACCUGCAUGCAAGAAUGCCUUAUCACUACUUUCCAGGAAGCUUACUUUGUCUCAGAAAGUUUUGAAGAAGCCAAAGAAAAGAUGAGGGAUUUUGCAAAAUCAAUCAACCGCCCCUUUUCUGUAUAUUUCAACCCAUACACUCAAAGCAUUGAAAUUCUGAAAGACACUAGAAGUAUUGAGAACGUUGUCCAGGAUCUUCGGAGCGACCUGAACACAGUCUGUGAUGCUUUAAGCAAAAUGAACCGAUAUUUGGGGAUAUGACUUCUUCAGUGUUGCGGCUUUGGAGCAUGCUUAUGCCAGCACCUUUAUGAGAUGCUAUUACCUUUUUAGCACUAUCUGUUCCCUCUCUAUUGCAUGGCUGUUGCAUUUGCUCAGUGUAUAAUUCUAUCUAACUGUAGCUUCAAAUAUGCCAAUACUAACAUGCAAAUUCACAAAGUGGAACAUGCACUUAGGUAUUCAACUUUGUAUCUCACCACAUGAUUUUUUAAAAGCCCUCAGGGCAGCUUUAAAAACACACGCACAAAAGUGAAAAAAAAUGUACUAUAACAUCAAUAAAAGCAGAUAAUGAGGAAGGGGAAGCAGCAUCAUGAACAACAACAUAGCAGCUAUAAAAUAAGACUGCAGUAAGCAUACCACAAUAAGACCUGGAUAAAAAUCUAGCUGUCUUAUGCUCUCUGAAAAUAAAAUGGUCUUCAUUAGUUUCCUGAAGAUUCCAAGCAAACAGGCCUGACAAAUAUUAUUGGGGAAUUCAAUAAGGUGGGCAGUGCAACCCAGAAGGUCCUGGUACGUAGGAAGCUGAGUAAGAUCAUUGGUCCAUCUAGCUCAGUAUUGUCAAGUCUGGCUGGUAGUGACUGUCCAGGGUUUCAGGCAGGUGUCUUUGCCACCCCUACUUGGAGAUGAACCUGGGACCUUCUGCUUAAAAUAAAAAGCAAAAUAUCCUAGUACCAAACAAUUUAGGCCAUUAAACAUUAAAUUGUGCCUAGAAACAAAUGGGGAGCUAGCACAGCUUUCAGUUGAGGUGUACUGUGGCUUACAGUAUUUCUUACUAAUAAGAAAGCCGCCAUAUUCCAAACUAGUUGUAGUUUCUCUAUGGUCUUUAAGACAGCACCACAUACAGCUCUUUACCACAGUCCAUCCUGGAGGUCAUCAAGGCAUAUAAAAAAGCAGCUGGUUCACUGUUCUUUAGGGGAGGCUGUAUCCUGAAGCUGUUAAAAGCACCUCUAGCAACAGAUGUUACCUGAGCCUCUGGAGCAGAAUCAGGUCCUAAACUGAUCCUUUAGAGCAGGCAUCCCCAAA